GCUUUGUAUUAAAUGAGUGAAAAGAAAGGGAGAAAGCAACUUGAGGUUUUUUGUCAUCUGUAGCUUAUCCUACUCCUCCUUUCCCUUUCUCUUUCCUACCCUCGUUUCUCUCUCUUAAUCAAUUGGAGUCCUGAUCUAGCUUUGAUCCAUUUCUCUUUAUAGUUAUUGCUUCUGCAACUUCUGCCUUUUACCAAAAUACAGACACAAAAAAUGGAUGAAACCCUCUCUUCACCAGAACAGGACUCAGAAGUCUCAAAGGAGCUCAUGAUUAGGCCAGAAACUCAGGCAUCCAAAAGAAGGAAGGUGGCUCAUCAGAAGACUGUGGUUACAGUGAAGAUAGGACCAAAUGUGGGGAAGCUAAAGAAUGAAGGGCCUCCUUCUGAUUUCUGGUCAUGGAGGAAAUAUGGGCAAAAACCUAUCAAAGGAUCUCCUUAUCCAAGGGGGUACUACAGGUGCAGUACAUCAAAGGGUUGUUCUGCCAAGAAACAAGUGGAGAGAAGCAAAACUGAUGCUUCUGUGCUCAUAAUCACCUACACAUCCAGCCAUAACCAUCCAGGUCCUGAUGUAACCUCCACCACUAAAAACCAGAGUCCACCACCAAAAGAAGCCCAAAUGCAACCCAAUAGUGAAGAUGAUGAUCAUGAUCAUACAGCUGAAGUGCCCAAAGAGGAUGAACCAGAGCCAGAGCCAGAGCCAGAUCAAGAUGAAGAACAAGAACAAGAAAGGAAAAUAGAUGAACAGCAAGAACAAGAUCAUUUCCACUAUAUUCAGUCCCCAAUUAGAUCCUCCCAAGACAUUGUAAUUUACCAAGAAGAAGACCCUUUCAGCUCUGGGAACCACCUAGAGAAAACCCUAUUGGAUGAACACCCACAUCCCCUCUGUUACUCUCAGCUCAUGAGCUUCUCAUCAACACCCAAAUCCGAAGAAGAAGAAGAUUUCUACGAUGAGCUUGAAGAAUUGUUACCCACAUCUUCAUAUUUCCCAAGCUUCAUGAGAAGCAAUCUUUCCCAGCUUGAAAGGAUUCCUUUUGUCCCUUCUUGAUCCUAGUGUUUGUUUUCUAGUGUUUGCAGCCAGCAUUUAGUGUUUAGAACAAACAAUGUAUGUACCUAGCUAAGCUAAACUCCAUUGUUAAUAUAUGUCGUCAUCAUGUUCUUCA